AUAAAUACUCUUAGUCUGUAGUGAAUUGGUUGAAUUAUACCUAUUAAUGGAUAGCAGGUAUGUAGACUGUUCAGAACUUUAUUCAGCCAAUCAGAGGGGCUGAUGUGAAGCGUUCAAGUCUGCAGCGGAUUUUAGAGUAUUUCUGUGGAUGAUUCGGGUUCAACCUGAUUUCCGAGGAAAUAAUGUCCUUUAAAAUGAAAUUUUACCGUAACAAUUUAUGGCUAUCAGUUUGACCGCUUGAGAAAGCAAUGCGUUCGUCCUAACACUGUUGACUGAUCGCAGUGGUCCAUGUUUCUGUGCGGCAACUUGAAUUUUUCUGGAGACGUGAGACGCUACUGUCGGUCGUCUUCAGGGCGGUUUUUAAACCACCGGACAGUAAAUGCGUUGGUACUCAGUCGUUAAGUUCCAGAGCAUGAAAGCGCUAAGAUUUGGGCUAACCCUUGUACGACAUGGGGAAACACAGUACAACAAAGAAGGCCUACUACAAGGCCAGGCUAUAGAUGCACCUCUGUCUGAGAUUGGGCUGCAGCAGGCUGAGGCUGCAGGCCGGUAUCUGAAAGAUGUCAAGUUCAGCAAUGUGUUUGUCAGUGAUAUGCUACGGGCCCAGCAGACUGCUGAAACAAUAAUGAAACACAACAACAGCUGUUCUGAACUACAAAUGGCAUCUGACCCUUUACUUAAAGAGAUAAGCUUUGGAAUAGCAGAGGGUGGACGAGUGCAGGAUGUGAAAGAGAUGGCCAAGGCAGCCGGUCGGUCAUUUCCAGGCUUCACCCCUCCAGGGGGGGAGACUCAGGAGCAGGUGAAGGAACGGGUCAAAGAGUUUAUGGAGAAAAUGCUCCAGCAAAUUGGGAAUGAACACUGGCACCUCCAAGGGGAGGACAAAGCCUCCUCAUCUGAUCCACCAGAGUCAUCUCCUGUGGAGGGGAACCCAGACGAUGGGGUUAGGGGUGUCCCGGUCCAUGCUUUGGUUGUCUCCCACGGAGCCUACAUGUGUGUGGCUGUGCGCUACUUUGUGGAGGAGUUACAUUGUUCUUUGCCUCAGGGUUCUGACAAAGCGCACAUGUUCUCUUUAAGCCCUAACACAGGUCUCUGUCGGUUUAUACUAACCCUUAGAAAAGAGGAUGACAGGUUCAAACUGUCAGGGAUCUGCUGUUUGUUCAUCCACAGGGGGGACCAUGUUAAACAGUAGGAGCAGAGAGAGCUAGAUGACGGGAAGGAAGACAGAGAUUUUGAAGGACGUAUACGAGACAGCUUAGAGACAGUGGGAGAUGAAAGUGACAAGAAAAGACUGCUGAGACAUAGUACUGAAAGUUUACAGUUUAAAUGAGUAUUUUAAAAAGUUUAUUUAUUUUUCAUUUGACAGUUACCUCACAAUGUAAUUCAUUCAGAUUUUGAAAUCACUGGACAAACAGUUUUUUCUAGUUGUUCAUUAUAAGUAUGUUUUGACAUUGAAAUUAUCAAAGAAAACAAUCUUAGGUCAAGUAUUAGGUAUUGUUAAUUACUGUAUAGUUUACCAGCGGCAGUAUCUUUAAAAUGAUUGCAUUAAUUUAAUUCAGAAUUCCAGUUUAAAAUGACCUAGAUAUGAAAUAUAUAAUGAAUCUUCAUUAUUAAAACAUAUUGUGGCCUACAGCACAUUGUAUGUUUUAUAUUCCAGACCUGAAUGCUGGUUGAGCACCUUCAUUUAACCUCAGGUAGAUAGUUUGUGUUGCAGGGCAAUGUCAUCAUUACUUUGUCACUGUCUGGUUGUUCAUUACUGUAAAAGUAGUUAGCUUUGUGCUCUAAUGAGUCUUUCUUGCUAUUUUUAUCCUCCAGGAGUUCAUAGAGAACUGCAGCAAUGUUGACUUUUUGGAAAUCAGUGACUUUUCUAUUGUUGUGAAUGAACAUUUUGGUCAACAAGGACAAACGCAUGCUAAGACCUCAUGUGUUGUACUCUCUCCUGCAGUUUUCCACUCUUCUCUCAAUGUAAAAUGUAUUUAUAGUAGAACAGCAUAGAACUCUUUAAUACCACACUGUACCAUCAGGAGAAUGAGCAGUAUGUGACUACUGAAAUAGUUUGUAUGGAAAGAUAUUUUACAGAUUCAGUGGCUGUUGUCAUUGGGGUUUUGUGAUUGAAAACACUUUACAAUGUCAAACAUGAGCAAUGUAGUGUCUUUCUUGAAGAGAAGAUUUCUGAUACAUUCAGUCUCUGCUGGUUCUCAUUUUGUUUGUCUUUGCAUGACGUUAUUUUUGACUUUAUACUUUGAUUCUGAGACCUGUCAAGCUAAGAAUAUUUUCAUUUCAGUGAGCAUGCUCCUUCAUUUCUAGUACAGUAUACUGUCUACAUUUAUUUCGUACAGAACUAAUAUUUACCAGUUACAAAACCAGUAGUUUGUGUGCAUAAUGAUCAUGUGAUUUUUGUGGUCUCUCCUUGGUUAACGAUUGGUCAAUGGGCAAAAGAUUGUACAGCAGCUUUUUUUUUUUUGUUGUUCUAGUAAGUUUUGUACAGCUCUCAUAAUGUGGCCAGGACCUUUGUAAAUGUUAACGUAAAUCUUCAAUGAUUCAAAUACUUCAUGAUUCGUGGCAAACUGUAAUGUUGAUAACAAACUUUAAGAAGGCAUUUAUUGGUA